AUGGUGGGAAGAGAGUACGUGUUUGGCGCUAGUCACAUCACCGUCGGGGUGACGCUUGGUUUGAUCGCCGACGCGCACGGCCAUCUUGGUGAGUACCAGAAGCAGAAGGAAGCAAGCGAGAAAGCAGUACAGAUCGAAGAAGACGUUUUUGGUGCUGGGAGCCCGAAGCUGUGUUCAACCUUGAGCACACUGGCGGCUGCACACCGGAACCUGGGAAACUUCCGCUGUCAAAAGGAAAUUCUAACACAAGUCCUCCACAUUGACACCGCGGCAUUCGGGGCGCAGCACAUAGACACCGCAGCUACCAUGGUGAAUUUGGCAGAUGCAGAAGGCAACCUGGGCAACUACCAGGCACAGCAGGAUCUGCUCGAACAAGCCAUGGCCAUCAAGGAGAAGCACUUCGGAUGCGACCAUCCCAGCACUGCCGUAGCCAUGGUCAAUUUGGCUGCGGCGCGUGCUCAUGUCGGGGAUUACGUCUCGCAGCAGCAGUUGCUCCUGAAGGCGCUGCAGAUCAAGCAGCGGGAGUUCGGCAAGGACCAUGUAAACACCUUCGUGGCAAUGCGGAGUCUGGCAGAGAGCUAUGGACGGGUGGGCCAGUACCAGGAGCAGAAGGACCUGCUGGAGCGAGUCCUCUCGAUUGUUCAAAGUGAGUUUGGCUCUGACCAUGUCGAAGCGGCCAUCACCUUGGGUGGCUUGUCUCUUGCUGCCGCAGGCCUUGGACACUACAAGGAGCAGCUCGAGCUGGCCCAGCGAAGCAUGACCAUCAUCGAACGCGAACACGGCCGCAAACAUGUGCGGUCCGCGGCAGCGUUGAGGGUACUGGCAAACGCCUGGGCAAGUUGUGGCGAAUAUCAAAAGGAGGCAGAUGUUUCCAAGGAGACUCUGGAUAUUCUCAUUGAGGCCUAUGGCCCAAAACAUGUGCUGGUCGCAGAAGCAAUUGCCACCCACGCGCAUGCCAUGGGCAACUUAGGCCUUUAUCAGGAACAACUGCGACUGGCAGAAACAAGCUUGACGGCUUUGGAAGCGCACUUUGGACCUCAGCACUUGUCCAUCCUACCCUGUCUGGCGACCGUCACAAGUGCGCGUGGAGAGCUGGGCCACUUCCAGGCUGCUCAUGAAGCGGCACGGCGUGCAUCCACCAUAUCACAGGCAAGCUUCGGCACUGACCACGUAAUGACGAUGAGCUCACUCUGCCUCUUGGCCAAUGCCGAAGGGGCAUUGGGCAACUAUUCUGCAAAGCAAGAGCUUUUCGAACGUGCUCUGGGUAUCGGCACCGCACAACUUGGAGCAGACCAUGUUGACGUUGCGCUUCUCCUGCGAGGCCUUGGAUCAGCACUCUCCGAGACUGGUCAACCUGGUGCUGCGCAGCCUUUGCUUGAGAGAGCUCUUCGGAUUCACAAGAAACACUUUGGCUUGGGGCAUCUCGAGACGGCGAGAACGCAGCGGUGUCUUGGAAUGAUCCUGGUGGCACUUGGCAAGCCUGCGGAAGCACGACUUUUGCUCGAGCACUCCCUCUCCAGCUUUGAGACGCAGCUUGGGAAGGCCCACCUGCAAGUGGCCAAAACACUUCGUCAUCUGGCCUUGUCCUAUCCACCCGGAGCUGAGAGGGCCGACGCUGCCCGCCGAGCGCUGCCCAUCCUGCAGGAGGAGGUCGGCCCGACGCAUCCCUGGGUUCUUGAGAUCGAAGACAUCGAAGGCAUCGAAUCGCAGUCUGCCAAGAAGCGACGACGGUGA